AUGGCGCCGCCUCCCCGCAAACGCUCAAAGACGACCGAGCGACCCGAAGAGAUCACCUUUGACAACUCGGCGCGCGCCGAGUACCUGACGGGCUUCCACAAGCGCAAGCAGGCCCGCAUCAAGCACGCGCAGGAGCAGGCCGUCAAGCGCGAGAAGGAGGAACGCGUCGCGCAGAGAAAAGAGCUGCGACAACAACGCAAGGAGGACCUCGAACGCCAUGUCGCCGAAGUCAAUCGCAUGCUCAAGGAGGCGAAUCCCGAUCUUCAAUCUUCUUCGGACGACGAAGGUGACGAGGGAGGGGAAUGGAACGGUAUCGAGGAGGGUGGUGAGGAGCAGAAGCAUGAGGAUGUCGUGGACCGCGAGGAGGAAUACGUUGACGAGGACAAGUACACUACGGUGACGGUCGAGACGGUGGACAUCGACCGGGACGGCUUCAAGAAAAGGCCGGCCGGCGAUGAGGAUGACGAAGAGGAUGGAGAGGACGAGGAUGUGGAAGGUCGGGAUGCAACAAACGAGGCGGGAGGGGAGGCGGACGCAAAGAAGGCGAACGGGAAGCGGGUGUGGACCAAGGAGAGACCGAAGACCGACAAGCCGAAGAAGAAGAAAUUCCGGUAUGAGAGCAAGGCGGAGAGAAAGGUAACGCGAGACAAGCAGAAGGCGAAAAGCAGGACGCAGGCCCAGGCACGGAAGGCGAAAGGGAAAUAG